GAGAAGACCUGGGAAGGGGUCCGAGAGAAAUACUGGCAACUGGAUACAUACUUUUUGCCUGCUGCACAGGCCGAGGAAGAGACCGACAACUAGAAAAUCUUGAGAAAAUCUUGCCUAUGGUUCAAGCAAGUAGACAUCCUGCUGAUGCGGAAAUGGGCAAGUAACAUCGUAAGAAAGUCACCACCAUCUUCGACAGCCAGAGCUACCAGCAGCAGCAAGAUGGGUUGUUUGAAGCAGCUCCAGAGUGCUCUCGAUUUGCUAGACGAGCAAAGCAUGGAGAUCGAUUCGGCUACGUACGCAUCACUUCUCCGGCAAGCGGGGGAUCACAAGUCUCUCGACGACGUCAGGCGCAUCCACCGGCACCUUGUCGCGAACGGGCAGCUCAAGGCAGUGGACAACACGCUGGUGGAGAUGUACGGCAAGUGUGGGAGUGUGGAAGAAGCCAGAGACGUCUUCAACUCGAUAAAGAGAAGCAGCUGCUUUUCGUGGAACCUCAUGCUGGGUGCCUACUGCAACAAUGGGUUUGGAGAUCAGGCUCUGGAAUUGUUCAAGCAGAUGGUUGAUGUUCACGGAAUCCGCGCAGACAGAGUCACCUUCGUUACAGCUGCUACUGCUUGCUCCUUGGUGGGGAGUUUGGAAGAAGGUAAGCAGUUUCAUUCGCGUUUUUUUGAGAGUGGGCUGGAGUCUAGCUUGAUCCUUGACUCUGCGCUCAUGAACAUGUAUGGCAGAUGCGGCAGUGCUGAAGAAGCCAGGAAGAUUUUCGACCGGAUCCCUGUGAAGAAUGUUGUCUGCUGGAACGUGAUGAUUGCCGCAUAUGCCCAGAACGGGCACUUCUCGGAGGCGCUAGAGCUUUACUAUGACAUGAACUUGAAGCCGGACAGGGUAACUUUUCUCAACGUUUUACACGCUUGCACUCUUGAAAGCGGACGGCUUAUUCACCAGGACGUUGUCUCUGCAGGGCUCGAGAGGGACAAAUUCGUUGGAAAUGCACUGGUGAACAUGUUUGGGAAGUGUGGGAGCUUGAGCGAUGCAAAGAGAGUGUUUGACAGGAUUGCUUUCCGGGACGUGAUCUCGUGGAAUGCUCUCAUGUCAGUUUACAUUCAACAGGGACGCAGGAAAGAAGCCUUCGAGCUUUUCAAGAGAAUGGGCGUAGCUCCCGACUCGGUGACAUUCACAGUUAUUCUGGGGGCAUUCAACAGCCGGGAGUCCCUCGAAGAUGGCAGACAGGUCCACAGACAAAUUGUGGACAGUAGAAUCACACCUGGGGUCGUUCUCGAGACUGCGCUGCUCAACAUGUACGGGAAGUGCGGCAGUGUGGAAGAUGCCAGGGCUGUAUUUGAGGGGAUGAAACAGCGAAGUGACGUGACAUGGAACGCAAUGCUUACGGCUUGUUCCCAACUCGGGCAUUGCAAAGAGGCCGUAGAUCUGUACAGGCGAAUGAAGAAAGCGGGGCUUCAGCCAAACUCCGUCACGUACUUGAGCCUGCUUCCGGCUUGCUCCAGCAUAGAACAGCUCAGGGAAAUCCAUCAAGAGCUUGCGGAUCAGGGCCUGGAACAGGACGAACAAGUCGGCAACACUCUGAUAACAGCCUACAACAAGUUUAGCCUGGAGGACUCCGUCGCGGUGUUUGAGAGAAUGAAGAGGCGGAGCGUCGUCAGCUGGACUUGCAUGAUCAUGGGGAUGGUAGAACACGGCUACGGUGGCAGGGCUCUGGAUCUCUACAGGGAAAUGGUCGUGGAAGGCGUCAGGCCAGACGCGGUGGCUCUCGUCUGUGCUCUGGACGCGUGCACCAGCGUCGAGAACCUCGCCGAAGGCCGGAAGAUUCACAGGCUUGUGGAGGGGACGACGAUGGUCACGGAUGUUUUUGUAGCGACGGCCGUGGUAAACAUGUACGGCAAGUGUGGGAAGUUCGCAGAGGCGGAAGCGGUGUUCCAGGGGAUGAAGACUACAACGGUGGCGACAUGGAACUCGCUGAUCGGUGCUUAUGCCCAGCACGGCCAUGCCACCGAUGCUCUCAAGCUCUACGAGAGAAUGGAGCUGAGUGGGACGCGGCCGGACGGCGUGACGCUGCUGUGCGCGCUGUUUGCUUGCAGCCACCUCGGACUCCUGGAUCGAGCGAGAGAGUUUUACUCGGGCAUGGUGGAAGACUACCAGGUUGAGGCUGUCCCGGCUCACUUUGGCUGCUUGGUGGAUCUCUUUUGCCGGGCUGGUUGGAUCGACGAGGCCGAGGAGCUGAUCGCGAGCAUGCCAGUGCGGCCCCAUAUAAGCGCGUGGACGGCUCUGCUCAAUGCGUGUAAAGCUCACAACGAUAUGGAGCGCGGGGCCUGGGCCGCGUGCAAAGCGCACGAGUUGGAUUCCAGGAGAUCUAGCCCGUUUGUGGUGCUAUCCGGGUUUUGCUAGCGCCGGCAGGGACAGAAACAAGAGGAUCAAAGGAGACAGACAGCCGUUUGCUAGUGACGAAAAAGUUGGUCACCAUCGCGACUGUGAGAUUUUGCGACUGUAGGCGCUCGAUGGAUCACUUUGUACAUGGAUUUACAUGGUAACGAGCAUCUCAGCAAAAAGCCGCAAGAGUUGCAGAAGAAACGGUAGGGCAGGCCCUUGGUCAGCAAAGCUUUUGUCCGAAGCAUACGACUUCCCGAAGCCCACAGCAGCAUUCAUUUUUAAAGAACAAUCUGAAGAUCAAUAACUUUGAUUGGCUUGGACCUUUGCAGUCCAGAUUUUCUCUUUUUCUUGGGUUCAAUUAUGGUGCCACAACUUUAUUCCACAAGAAUUUGAAAAAAGUUAUACUUUAUACUGUCAAUUAGCUCCGUUUAAGACAAGAUGGUUAAAAAAUUUCUUGCU